AUGUCUUCCGCGGCGAAUUCCUGGGGGACCCUAAUCAAUCCUGACAAGAGCCCUGCGCCGCUGUUGGAGCAGUUAUGUUUGGGGAUCGCCCAACUGAUGCCUUCCUUUGACUCCAGCGGUACCAUCGAUCUCACUCCCGAACGACUCGCCUCUUUCUAUCGCAAAGUUGGCGGCAACUACGACUCACUAUUUCUCGAGACCAAGUCACAGGCCCUUUCGUUUAUAUACCAAUCCGUCGGAUGUUUCCACAGCCUCCAGCCCUCCAAUAACCCGUACGAGUCACCCUCAGUACCCUCGCUCCUACCACUCGGUUUUGUACGAUGGCAGACAAUACAGCUUUUAAUGGACCCGGAUGAGCAUGCACGCUUUCUGCAGAACGCAGUCAACCAGUGGAAUAUUGUCGAUGCGAAAGGUGACACCUUCCCGAAGGACAUCCCGCGAGAUGCAUUCCCAUCUGAACCCGACCCUGAAAUGCUCCAGUGGCAUGAAGGGGUGUGUCGCAAACUCGAAUACGACUUCGUGAAGAGACAGGCCUACCGCGCAUCUCCUCCCAACUUCGGUGCAUACCACUAUCAUUUCAGCGGCAAGGAAUCUUUGCCCGAUGAGGAAGACUAUUUCACACACCCACCCCGUCGUGCGGCAUCGCAUCGCCAUGGUGGACAAAACGACUCAGAUCGACCGAGCCGGCGACGCCAUCACCACCACCGACGCUUGAGCGGGAGCACCCUCCAUCCAGCUCACGAAGGUCGGAUCGCACCAACGGUGGAAGAUCAGGGAUGUCAACUCCGCGCGUCCGAUCGCCCUCCCCACGGACAACUCGUCCGCCGCGCUCAAGGGGUCGAGAUCGCGAAAGUUGACCACGACACCCCACCGCACAUGGAAGAGCCCGAACCUCCUAAACCCGAACACCGUUCUCACAAUCACAACCUGUCGCCUCCUUCCAAUGCCCGAGCACGUCGACACUCUCACGACGCGUACAUGCGCAAACCAGCACGAGAACUCUCACCCUCAGCACCACGACGAAGCUACGAGUCCCGCCCGCAACGGUCGACCAUAUCGCAUUCCGAAGCAGCAGCAAGAAGUCGCCGCCGAGAAGAACGUUCUCACUCUCGAACGCCCGCAACGCCCGAUGUGAAAUUCCGCGAAUUUUCCUUCGACGGUCCCGUGCCCGCUCCAGCACCAGAUCCACCGCAAUAUGCGCAACCCCCACCACCUCCGCCCCGCGCUGUACCCCGUCACCGUUUCAACCUCGAACCUGACGAUGGGCGCCGGGGCAGUUACAGCGGCGGUGGAGGCGCCAGCGCGGGAGGGAGUCGGCCUGGCAGUGGAGGCAGUGGAUCUGAACGACCCCGUUCCUUUAGUAGUGCGGGUUAUUACACCCGAUCAUCACGCUGGACAAGUCCUUCCCGAAGUUCUGCAGCGAAACGCUUCAUACCGACGAGCGUUGCCGAGGACGGAGCUUAUCUCCCUCCGCGGAGACCUAUAUACGACUGA